AGAGAGAGAGAGAGAGAGAGAGAGAGAGCCAUGUCUCAUAUAGCUGUGGAGAGAAACAGGAGAAAGCAAAUGAACGAGCAUCUCAAGGUUUUACGCUCGUUGACGCCGUGUUUCUACGUGAAAAGAGGAGACCAAGCAUCGAUUAUUGGUGGAGUAAUAGAAUUCAUUAAGGAGUUGCACCAUGUCCUACAGUCUCUCGAGUCCACGAAAAAAAGGAAAAGCUUAAGUCCAAGUCCUGGUCCCAGCCCAAGGCCGUUUAAGGUCACCCCUCCACCUGAUGGCUCAUUUGGGUUUGAUCAUGUGAAGGAGCUGAGUGCAUGCUGCAACUCUUCGAUCGCAGACGUUGAAGCCAAGAUCUCUGGCUCCAAUGUCAUCCUGAGGACGAUCUCAAGGCGGAUCCCUGGCCAGGUCACGAAGAUAAUCACAACGUUAGAGAAUCUCUCAUUCGAGAUUAUUCAUCUCAACAUCAGCAGCAUGGAUGACACUGUCCUCUACUCCUUCGUUAUUAAGAUUGGGCUCGAAUGUCAGCUCAGCGUGGAGGAACUAGCUAUCGAAGUUCAGCACAGCUUCAACUAAAGUGCAAUUUACUUGCUAGAACUACCUUCAGUGGGAUGUAUGCUAACUUGUCAUGCAGUCCCAUAUUUCUACGAACAUGCCACUAAUGCAGCUCAUCUGUACAACUCAAAUGGUAGGCGCUCACCAGGUGGGCCAUGCAUGAUAUUGAAAUCAAUUGCCAACCUAAUGAAUGGAUCGGUCUGAUUUUCAAGAUGUGUGAUUGUCGUGGAGGGUUCUAUUGUUUGCAUGGUAUGGAUGUUCUGCACGAGUGGGUAUAUCUCCAUAAAUACGUGAAUGGCAGAUAAGUUGGCAUACAUCUUUCUGUAGGUGAUCAGCUCUCUUUAUUUACGUGAAAAUGAUAUAGAUAAUAGUACUGCAUGUGUACCAAUGUAUCAGAGACAGCUGAUCUAUCAUUUUAAAUUUUAAGAAUGAGUGUCCCAUUUUAGUAGUGUAAUAGCUGAAGUUAUGGUGUAACGAAGCUUGUGAAUGUCUCGUGGAGAUUUAGAGAUUAUAAGGAUAAUAUCAAUACUUUACAUCA